CUGGUUUCUGAGACUUUCACUUUCAUUUCUCUCUUCUGCUGUCAGCGAUGGCGUCUGCCGAUCUGAGACAGGAGCUGGACUGUUCCAUCUGUCUGGACAUUUAUACAGAUCCUGUAAUGCUGAGCUGUGGACACAACUUCUGCCAGGUCUGUAUUGAUCGUGUGUUGGAUACACAGGAGGGGUCUGGAGAUUAUUCCUGUCCUCAGUGCAGAAAAAGAUCUAGGAGUCGCCCUACACUGCAGAGGAACAUAACACUACGUAACAUAGUGGAGACUUUACGAUCUACUCAUGCAGAUCAGAAGACUGGAGUCUUCUGUACUUACUGUAUUCACUAUCCUGCACCUGCUGUUAAAUCCUGUCUGCAUUGUGAAGCUUCUCUGUGUGAUAAUCACCUGCGAAUCCACAGCAAGGCACCAGAACAUGUCCUAACUGAUCCCACCACUUCCAUGGAGAACAGAAAAUGCUCCAUCCAUAGAGAACUUCUUAAAUAUUACUGCACUGAGGACUCUGCCUGUAUCUGUGUGUCCUGCAGGCUGGAUGGAAAACACCGGGGACACAAGGUGGAGACUCUGGAUGAGGCCUCUGAGACUAAAAAACAGAAACUGAGAAAUGUUCGGCAGAAACUGAUGACAGAGAGAGAGGAGACAGAGAAAAGAGUCCAGAGUCUGCAGGAUCGCAGUAGAAAAGUACAAGAAAAAUCAGCUGGUCUAACAGAGAGAGCCACUGCCCUGUUCAUAGAGCUCAGGAGACAGUUGGAGGACCUGGAGAAGAGAGUCCGGAGGAAUAUCUCCUGCCAGGAAGAGCGGCUCUUGCAUUCAUUGUCUGAUUUGAUUGAUCAGCUGGAAAUAAAGAAGGAGGAUCUGUCCAGGAAGAUGGAGGACAUUGAGGAGCUGCGUAACAUGACUGACCCACUGGCUUCUGAAUCAGACACAGGGGACUUGUGUGAUACGAAGGAGGGAGAUGAGGACAGAGAGAGACAUGAUAGACUCCUCCAUGAUGGAGGGGAUCUGGAUGUGUCUGGAAUCUCACACACAUUACACACAGGGUUAUCUGAUAUGAUAAAAAGGGUAAAUGUAUUCCUCAAAAUACAGGAAGCUUCAGACAUAUUACUGGAUGUGAACACAGCUCAUAAUUAUCUACAGAUAUCAGAUGACAUGAAAACUGUAUCCUGGUCAGAUAUAAAGCAGAAUCGUCCAGAAACACCGGAGAGAUUUCAGUGGUGGUUCCAGGUGUUAAGCAGUCAGAGAUUUUCCACGGGGCGACAUUACUGGGAAGUGGAUGUCAGAGAGUCAGAAGAUUGCAGAUUCGGGAUGUGUUAUCCCAGUAUAGAGAGGAGAGGAGUGCAUUCAAGGAUUGGAAAUAAUAAGAAGUCCUGGGGUUUGUGGAAGUUUAACAGUGGAUGUUCUCUAUUGUAUGACAAUAAACUGAUCAGCAUAUCUUCCAAUCUCUCCAGUAACAGAGUCAGGAUCUAUGUGGAUUAUGAGGCCGGGCAGCUGUCCUUUUAUGAUCUGUGUGACCCGAUCAGACACCUCCACACCUUCACCACCACCUUCACCGAGCCCCUCCAUGCUGGGUUAUGUGUAGAGAAUGGUCAUAUAAAGCUAUCUAGGAGAUCAGGAGACGUGUGAAAUGAUCAUAUUACAGGAAAUCUGGUGAGAAAUGUGAAUCUGGUUCCUAGGAUGACACAAUUUGUACAGAUAACAUAUUUCUGCAAUCGUUGGGACCUGGUAGAUCUCAGCACAGGAGAGUGUCCUCCACAGUGUUGCCAACCGACUAGACUAAAAUUCACUGACACGAAACUCAAAAUGUAUUUAUGUUUUUACUGGCAUUUUCUAAAAGUUACAAAAUUACGUUUUUCAGUGCAAAUUUCAGUACUUAAGCUACAAACAAGUACAAUACGCAGUUAGCAAUGUGGUUUAAGAUACAGAUCAAGGUAAAAAAAAAUAUAUAUAUAUAUAUUUCUUAUGUUAUUUUUGAUAUAGUAGGGGCGGGUUAUUGUAAUGCAGCAGAUUUUGUCACACAUGUCCAACUGGAGAGAUUUCCCCUUAAUUUCUGUUCCAUAGUCACCCCAGAAAGUGAGCAGAAAUCCCAGGUAGCCGCCAGGAUCACAAGAGUUUUUGUCCCCAAUUCUAAAGAUCUCCUUUCUCCUUAUAUCCCUCUACCUUUUCUAACCUCCAUCACUUUCAUUUCUCUAUUAUACCGUCUCUCCCUCUUUCUUUCCAUAACUCCAUCACCCAAUCUAUACCUCCAUCCUUUUGGGGUAUUUCACACAGUAAUGUCCGUUUUCACAGACUCCACUCGCUCAGCGGGGACACUUCUGUUGAACUCCGCCGAGCUGGCGGAUGACAGGUCCAUCUCUGCUCACUGAGCGGGGACGGACCUGUCAGAUCUCUGCUCUUCUCUAUGGGGAGAUCGGAUGAAAACGGACAGCCUGACGUUUUCAUCAGAUCUGCCAGACGGAUGGGAAAUAGGGUCACUAUCUGAGACAGACUCACCCGGGACAUUCCCGGACCCUCUUAUGUCUAAAAUCAUCCUAUGUCCACUAGGGGCAUAGGAUGACU